CAUUUAUUAUUGUGUCUGACUUGUGGCCUACUGCUGUCCGCUGAAGCUGAACAGCACCGGGUGUUCGUCUGACCCGGAAUGUUGUGUGAACGGCGGCGGAACCACCACCGGCGGCGGCGGCAGGCCGAACCCGGGGCGGCGUUCCUCCGCUCGGCUCGUCGGUCGUGACCACACGAAGGACUCGUACGACUAUCCGGGUCGACACUCGUUCACCAGCAAGAUGUAUUUCAACCGGAGAGCCAAGAAGAUACACAGUGAGGGAGAGCAGUUAGUAUUGACCACCAUUAGGCAGGAGGCAUCUGAACUGCAGGACCCUGGCGUGGGCUCCAGUGCUACCAUGCGUGCUCGCCUUGCAGACAAGUUUGACAAAAGACCUGCUGGCUCGUCCACCGGUUACCGCAAGGCAGAUGAUGAGAUGUCCGGGACCACAUCUCAUGCGGAUCCAGUAGACGCGACGGCGCGCACGGUGCUGCUCAACCGAACCCAGAACACCAAGUUCUGCGACAACCACGUCAGUACCACCAAGUAUGGGAUUCUCACCUUCUUCCCCAGAUUCCUCUACGAGCAGAUCAGGCGAGCAGCCAACGCCUUCUUCCUGUUCAUUGCCCUCAUGCAGCAAAUCCCUGAUGUAUCACCGACUGGUCGCUACACGACACUAGUUCCACUCAUCUUCAUCCUCACUGUGGCUGGGAUCAAAGAGAUCAUAGAGGAUUAUAAAAGACACAAAGCAGACAACACAGUGAACAAGAAGAAGACAACAGUGCUGCGGAACAGCGCCUGGCAGACAGUCAUCUGGAAACAGGUGGCAGUAGGAGACAUAGUCAAGGUGACCAAUGGGCAGCAUCUUCCAGCUGACAUGGUUAUACUGUCCUCCAGUGAGCCACAAGCCAUGUGUUACACAGAGACCUCCAACCUGGAUGGAGAAACCAACCUGAAGAUCAGACAGGGUCUUGCGCUCACAGCCGGCUUUCAGUCUCUGGAGGACUUGGUGGCGCUUUCUGGUCGCCUGGAGUGUGAAGGCCCCAACAGACAUCUCUACGACUUUACUGGUACACUGCGGCUGGAAAAUCAGAAUCCAGCUCCUCUGGGUCCAGACCAGGUGCUGCUGCGCGGUGCCCAGAUCAGGAACACACAGUGGGUUGUAGGAAUUGUUGUCUACACUGGCCAUGACUCAAAACUGAUGCAGAACUCCACCAAGGCCCCUUUGAAGCGCUCUAAUGUGGAGUGGGUCACCAACAUGCAGAUCUUGGUCCUGUUCGGCAUCCUACUUGUCAUGGCCUUGGUCAGCUCUAUUGGUGCUGCCAUCUGGAACAGAGAACAUACUGAUGAAGCCUGCUGGUACCUGUCCCGGGCUGGUGACAUCUCCACUAACUUUGCAUAUAACCUGCUGACGUUCAUCAUCCUGUACAACAACCUGAUCCCAAUCAGCCUGCUGGUCACUCUGGAGGUGGUCAAGUUUACACAGGCUCUCUUCAUCAACUGGGAUAUGGAAAUGUACUACCCAGAAUCUGAUACACCUGCUAUGGCUCGAACGUCCAAUCUUAAUGAGGAACUGGGUCAGGUGAAGUACCUGUUUUCUGACAAGACAGGAACUCUGACAUGUAAUGUCAUGCACUUUAAGAAGUGCACAAUUGCAGGAAUUACAUAUGGCCACUUUCCCGAUCUUGAGUGUGAUCGUUCAAUGGAGGACUUCAGCAAUCUGCCAUCCAACAGCAACAACUCUACAGAGUUUGACGACCCAGCUCUCAUUCAAAACAUCGAGAAGAACCAUCCUACAUCACCUCAGAUUUGUGAGUUCCUGACGAUGAUGGCAGUGUGCCACACGGUGGUCCCAGAGAGGGAGGGAACCCAGAUAAUUUACCAAGCUUCAUCGCCAGAUGAAGGCGCACUGGUUAAAGGGGCCAAAGGACUGGGCUUCGUCUUCACUGCAAGGACACCGCAUUCAGUCAUCAUCGAUGCUAGAGGAACGGAGAUGACCUAUGAAUUGCUGAAUGUGCUGGAGUUUUCCAGUAACCGCAAACGCAUGUCCGUGGUUGUCAGAACUCCCAGUGGAAAGCUACGGCUGUACUGCAAAGGAGCUGACAAUGUCAUUUUUGAACGUCUGACUGAAAGCUCCCAGUACAAAGAAUUAACUGUGGCCCAUUUGGAACAAUUUGCAACUGAAGGUCUGAGGACUCUAUGUUUUGCCUACGUUGAUUUGGAGGAAGAUGCCUAUCAGGAGUGGCUGAAAGAAUACACUUGUGUCAGCACUGUGCUCAAAGACCGUACUCAGAGACUCGAGGAGUGUUACGAACUACUGGAAAAGAAUCUCAUACUCUUGGGUGCCACAGCCAUAGAAGACCGCCUCCAGGCCGGUGUCCCAGAGACCAUUGCCACACUAAUGAGGGCUGGCAUAAAGAUUUGGGUCCUCACUGGUGACAAGCAAGAGACCGCCAUCAACAUAAGUUACUCCUGUCGUCUGGUGACACAUGGCAUGUCCCUCAUCAUUGUCAACGAGGACUCUCUGGAUGCUACUCGCGCCACACUGACAACUCACUGUUUAUCUCUGGGCGACUCUCUAAAGAAGGAAAAUGAGUUGGCACUGAUCAUCGAUGGCCAGACAUUGAAAUACGCCCUGUCCUUUGAGCUCCGCCAGGCCUUCCUUGAUUUGGCGCUGUCCUGCAAAGCUGUCAUCUGCUGCAGAGUGUCUCCACUGCAGAAGUCUGAGAUCGUGGAUAUGGUGAAGAAACACGUGAAGGCCAUCACACUGGCGAUAGGUGACGGUGCAAACGAUGUGGGCAUGAUUCAGACGGCUCAUGUUGGAGUGGGGAUCAGCGGCAAUGAGGGCAUGCAGGCCACCAACUCCUCUGACUACUCCAUAGCCCAGUUCUCCUACCUAGAGAAGCUGCUGCUGGUCCAUGGGGCCUGGAGCUACAAUCGUGUCACCAAAUGCAUCCUCUACUGUUUCUAUAAGAAUGUUGUCCUGUACAUCAUAGAGCUCUGGUUUGCCUUUGUGAACGGGUUCUCUGGUCAAAUCCUUUUUGAGCGCUGGUGUAUAGGCUUGUACAAUGUGAUAUUUACUGCUCUACCUCCAUUCACUUUGGGGAUAUUUGACAGACCGUGCAGCCAACAGAACAUGCUCCGCUUCCCACAGCUCUACCGAAUCACCCAGAAUGCUGAGGGCUUCAAUACCAAGGUGUUUUGGGGUCACUGUAUCAAUGCACUGAUUCAUUCAAUUAUUCUGUUUUGGUUUCCACUCAAACUUUUAGAACAUGACUCUCCCUUCAGUAACGGUCAGGGAAAUGAUUACCUAUUUGUAGGAAAUAUGGUCUACACAUACGUGGUAGUCACAGUAUGUCUGAAAGCUGGAAUGGAGACCACGGCUUGGACCAGGUUUUCUCACCUAGCGGUGUGGGGAAGCAUGGCGCUUUGGAUGGUCUUCUUCGUUGUCUACUCUGCCAUCUGGCCUACCAUCCCCAUCGCCCCUGACAUGUUGGGCCAGGCUGGUCGAGUUAUGCAGUGCCUGCACUUCUGGCUGGGCCUGGUCCUGGUGCCUACUGCGUGUUUACUCAAAGACUUUGCUUGGACUGCCACACGCCGCUCUGUGAGGAAGAGUCUUCUGGAGGAGGUGCAAGAGUUGGAGGCGCGGGCCGUCGAUCCCGAGGCAGCUGUACUCAGGGAUGCCAGCGGACGCAGUCUAAACGAACGAGCCCAUCUCUUGACAAGAGUCUUUAGGAAAACACCUUCAAGUGUCGGACGCUCAAACUCAGUGCAGCAGACUGUGUCACACGGGUAUGCCUUCUCUCAGGAGGAACAUGGUGUGGUUUCCCAGUCGGAGGUAGUACGCUCCUAUGACACUACUCGCCAACGCCCCAGCCUCUAGCUUCACGCACACUCCCCCUCCCCCCAGCCAAGGCUUUGGCUCAUUGUAGCAAUGGUUGUCAAGGUGACACUGGUGACAGACUUAUGCGGCACCAUCAUGCUGGGUGAGCAACCCCUGCUGUGGCCUUACUGGAAGCUAUAACCUGACCCUCCUUCACCGGGGGUUACGAUGAUGCGCUGAGAACUGCUAUGAGAGAAGAGACCAUGCCAACUAUGUGGAAUAAAAAUUCAUCAUAAGCUGCACAGGCAUGAGCAAUGCUAUCCAUGCACAGACUCAAGUCUAACUCUGAGACUGCUACUUACUGUAUACGUGCAUACCCCAAAGACUGCGUUUGGAUCACGCCACUAUGUGUUAAAGUAUGUAUGUGUGUGAGGGAGCAUGUGCAUUUCCAUGUGAGUGUAUGUGUUUGUGCAUGUAUGUCUGCACGCACUGGUGCUGUUGUAUUUGUGUGUACCAGUGUGUCACUCCUCGUGUGUCCGUUGGCUUCUGAGGUUCCCGCUCAUCUCUUUGUCGUGAGAUGGGUUCAGCCAGCCUGUCAUCACAUGCUGAUGUGGGAGGGACUUCAAAA